AUGUGCCGUUUUCUAAUAUUCAAGGGCAAGGAGGAUAUUCGUUUAUCUCAUCUUCUUACACGCCCUGCCCAUUCUAUCAUCAAUCAAUCGUAUGACUCUCGACUUAGGUUGGACCUCCGUCGCCCUAUAAAUGGUGACGGCUUUGGUGUGGGCUAUUACACCGAUGAUAAAGACAACGAGGGUCCUUGUGUGUUUCGUGCUAUUACUCCUGCAUGGAAUAAUCAAAAUUUGGAGACUCUCGCCGAAAAAACCAAAUCCAGCUUGGUAUUUGCUCACGUUCGUGCCUCUACUUACGGGAGCCUUAGUGAAACCAAUUGCCACCCUUUCACAUAUCAUCAGUUGAUGUUUAUGCACAAUGGCGGGGUUUCUAAUUUCUCAAAGAUAAAACGUCGUAUAAUCAACCACCUCAAAGAAAAAUAUUUCCUUUAUAUUCAAGGUGGUACCGAUUCUGAAGUCUGUUUUGCCCUUUUCCUAGAUUGCCUCGAUAAGCUCGGGUUUGAUCCAAAGAAACCUUGCGGAAACUUUGGUGCUGAGAAUCUCAGAGCAGCUUUACUCCAGACAAUCAAUUUGCUCAAAGAAUUUUCAAAUGAGCUUGAUAAAUCGGAUCCAACUUACUCGUACGAACCUUCACUAUUGAAUUUUGCGGUCACUGAUUCUUCGUCAGUGGUUAUUUCCCGUUACAUUACUUCAAAAACCCAAGAGGCUGCCUCGUUGCACUUUUCUUGCGGCUCCUCGUUUUCAGAAUAUGAGCCAGGUCAGUAUGUUAUGGAAAGGGAGGAUCGGAAGCAAGAUGUGAUCAUGGUGGCUUCGGAACCGUUGACUUUUGAAAGGAAAGACUGGAUCACUGUGCCAACUAAUACUGUCCUCACCAUAAAGAAUCAGACUGUUUUGUUUCAUCCAAUUCUUGAUGAGUAUUACCAGCCCGACUUGCUUAGAGGAAGAAGUAGUGACUUUGCAGCAAGUAAAGGUCUUAUGGGCCCAGUUCCUGUUCUGAUCAGUGAUUUGAGCAGUCCUGUCCCUCCAUUAGAAAGAGAGGGGAGAUCCAGCAGAGUUCAUUGA